AUGCUCCAAAGCAAACCUCAAAAAAGCCUAAUAUCCUGAGACGAGAGUUUAAACAGAAAAGCGUUAUACAGUUUUACACAGUCUGUCACCACAGUCUUUCCUCAGGAAAAAAAAAAAAAAAAAACCUCUGCUAUUAGCAGAAACAAAUGCAGCCAUUUCACAGCUUCAUUUCCUGUCAAGUGAAGUGACAGUUCCGUAUUCAUCAGAAUAUACUUCAGUCUUUAACUAAUGCUGCAGAGGAUGCCUGGAUUCUCUAAGGACACCAUGAGGACUACUUUUUGCACACUUGUCUUCCUCUUCUCUCUACCAUGGAGCCUAAAUGGCCAUUUAACAACCAGCCAAAAGAAUAUUGGCGUAACAAACACAGCAGACGAUGCAUCGGGGCAGAUGAACUACACUACUGAUUCUGGUACAAACAACGUGGUUUCACUUUCAAAAAGUGCUCAGACGCAGCAUGGCAUCGGGCUGAGGACACCCGACGGUGAAGACGAUACAUCAAACAAGACUAAGAGAAGGAACAUACGUGACAGCGAAAACAACUCGACUACUACGCGAGCACAAUCUGAAGGGCAAAUAAUAAAGGAAGAGGUAACAACUCCACAAAGGGAACUACAAAAACCGACAGAAGGUUCCCACAGACCGCAUGCAUCUCUUUUGCAAACAGAGAAUGCUACAGAAUCGAAUGUCUCGAAUGAACCGCCCAAUGCCACAUGGACAGAUGUUUUGCCAGAAGUAAAGACAAGCAGAGGACCUAUGGAGGUACAGGAAGCCACUCAGGAAACACCUUCUACUUCUCAUUUCACUGGACUCCGUAGUGCGCAUACAAAUAAAACAGUCUUGGAGGGCAACAACAAUAAUACACAUGGAGACGUUCAUACUACCCAGCCCACAAUGGAGACUACAGACCAACCAAACCCAAUGACUCAUGCCCACACUUCCGCAAUAACAACGGCAACAGAUUUCAAUACGACUGUAAGCACCAGUGGUAUGAAAACCACAAAGAGGGGAGCCGUCACAGACAAGUGGACAAGCACUCAAGGUCCUGAUCUUAAGACUUCAUCCAUGAUUAAGCCAACAAAGAAGUUGACGACCACUGAGAAAACCACCAAAAAGCAAAUUUACCAGCAAGCAAACCCAGGUCCUGCUGUGGCGUCUGUGAUCGGUAUCACUUUUGUCUUGAUGUUCAUAGCGAUCAUACUUAUCUUGUUAAGGAAGCGCAAACUGCAGAGAAAGCGGCUUGAAAACCCUGAAUGGGCCGGACCCUCGCCGUUUCUGGAUGGCGAUGUUCAACCGAACAUGGCAAAUAUGGAUGAGUCCGAGAACAUCAACAGACAUGGCUUUAACCAGGUGUCUAUUUCCAGAUACCUCCCCCAACGGCUCUCCAAACACCUGACGCUUGGGAGGAACACAAGUGAGGAAGUUCUAAUGGGGGACAUCCUGCAAGUAAGCACAUUCGGCAGACAAAAUCCAGAUGAGGUCCAAGCCCCUAACGGGAAGCCAAAGGUUGCUCAAGACUCAACUGAGAAGAAGGAAAAUGAAACCCAGGAAGGUCAAGCAUCCGUGGAUUCUCUGGACACCAAAACAUCUGUGUCAGGAAGUGCACAAGAACCUGUGCAGACUGAUGGCCUCACUCUCUCUCCGUCUUCUGGCAUGGACACUACAGUUAAACCUCCACCUUUAGUGUCUAUAGAUCUUGAUUCCCUUUCAGAAGAAGCAGCUCCUUUGCAAACAUCAGAUGGGGGGAUUGUUCCACCUGCUCCACCACUGAUCUAAUCGCACGUAACAGACAAUCUUCUCUGCUUCUGCCUCUACAAACCACUCAAACGAGAUAACCAACACACUCAUAUCUGCUUUCUAAAAGUCAAAAUACGCAAAGACCUUUUUUUUUUCUUUUUUUUGCAAAGGAUUUACAACCUACUGCGCUUGUUCAAGACUCUAAAAAGAAGACUGCUCAACAGGUGCUGUUUUCUUUCCUGCACUGAUGUAUUGAAACACAUAUUUCAAGACAUAUUGAAGAGAUUGUGUUAUUUUAUUAUUCAUUAGACUCUAGUUAUGUCACAAUUGCUGACCAUGAUUUUCUGCUUGAAAAUGUUUAAAUGUGUAUAUCUGCUAAAGGUCAGUCAAAGGUUAGUCAAAGGCUAAAGAUUAGUCAUUUAAGCAGUUUGAAAAGCAACAAUCUACUAUACAAUAACAAUGUCUCAUUAAAAGUUCAAAUCAGCACAUUAUGGUGUUUUAAGUCUUGGUCAAGGCUGUACUAUUCCUCAGGUAAAACGGUGUGUAGUUAUGAGAAUGCAUGGCUAGCUUGGACAAAAACUACAGCAUGUGCAAUCUUUGUGCCUACAUGUACUGCUUCACGGGUGUAAACUAAAGAGUGAAUUUAACCCCAAUGGCCAGUUUUCUAAUUAAUUACUGCACUGCUAAAGCCACUGGGUGCAUGUUUGAGCUUAAAACCUCGAGAAGCUGUCAAAAGAACAUUACAACAGACAGCACAAGCUCACUUAAACCACGCACUCAAAAUAAAAGUGUUGCAACAACA